AUGGAUCGCCGUGACCGAUCUGCCCCUCCACCAGCGAGCGGCAACUACAACAUCGCACCGCCUCCCUUUGCAACCAGUUCUUCUCCGCCAAUCACCCACAACUCUCCGCCCCAACAGAUGCCUCCGCCGGCAGCUCAGCGUCCUCUCCCCAGCCAGCCAUCUGCUGCGACUGGAGUACCUCACCCGCAAUACACCCCUCUGCAAUACCAGCACCGAUAUCAUCCCUCGCAGCCUGGUUACGCAGGUCACCUGCCGCAGACAUUUGGCCACGACUCGAUGCCGUAUGGUCAGCACUUCAAUCAUCACCCUCCAGGCUAUGCUCCUCCAUACGCCCCUCACCCCUCUUACGGUCAGCCGUAUGGUUACGGUCAGUAUCCAGGAUACUGUCUUCCACCUCCACAUUUCAGCAGCCAAUACUUCACCUCGACCUCGCACUUUAUGGGCAUGGGCACGACUACCCAGCCCGUGCCAUCAGCCCCUCAACCUGGCCAUAGAUGGAACCCGCCGCUGGCACAAACGCCUCAGUACCGCGUCCCAGCAUACGGCGUCGACAACGAGCGGGUGUUGCAUCUAUAUGGCCGCAGACUCCCCCCUGUGUCUGUUUCUGGUGACUUCGUUGCGAUCCUCCAGCUUCAGAAAGCCAUCGAUAGUAAUGGCCUAAUGGUGCAGGAAGGACUGCCUGAAGCAAACACACACGCCGUGAGAGUCUCUGCGCUGUACCACGAGCAGACAGGAGCGCUUCCAGACAUCGAACAUGACGCCAAUUUCCGACUUCACCAACUGUCGCCUGAAGAGCUGCAGCAAUUCGGAAUCACCGAGAAAGAAAUCGACGACCGCUGUCCAGGGGUCUCGCAACACGCGGGCUCCCCACCUUUCAAAGAGCCCCUAGUGGAUAGGGCGCUGACUUUCCUGAACACGCUCGGCAAGUAUCAUCACCACGGCAAGCUUGGUGGUCCUCGAGUCUGGCAGGUCUGUGUCACUACGAACUCUAGAGGCAGCCAUAGAUUUCAGCACUACAAAGCUGCAGGCACCACUGCGCCGACGCAUACCUUCCACCUCUUUCGUGAGAUCGUUGGUAGGGGACACGAUUAUACUGAGAGAUGGAAGGGCUUCGUACUUGGUCCUGGAGCGCCAAUACCGGUGCGUGAGCGAGUUGAGUAUCCUCCAUCGACAAGCAGAGGCCAUCAGCGUAUUCAAGCGACCGAAGCAGAAUUCCAGAAUGCCGAAGAGGAGAGCGAAGACGAUGACUCCGCUGAUCACGCCACUCCCACUCCCACCACCUCCACCACCGCUAGCAAGACAAACAGCUCCAUGUCCCCAUCCCUCUCAACCAUCAAAAUCCAAUCCCCCGGCCUCCUCCUCACCCGCAAACUCCACCACUUCGACGGCAUCAGCUGUCCAGCGCGCGACACGCGCGCCCGCUUCCCCGCGCAUCUCAGCGACUCAGCCCUCCUCACGGGCCUCGUGCACCCGGAAGACAUCUGCGGCACGCUCCUGCUCGACCUCGCCGCGCGCAACAGCAACAAGCGCAUCGCCAACCACGUCCUCGCGCUGUACCAAGCCCUGCCCGGCACGCGCAAUAAAGCCAUGAACGCCAACGGCAUCACCAAGCGGAUCACGUUGGCGCUGCAGGCGCGGGCGGCGAGGGAGGGGCGGGGGUAUGAGUGCGUCAAGGCUGCUUUUGAUGCGGAGCGGAAGCGGAAUGGCGCUUUUGCGAAGGAGGAAGCGAGGUUGGGAGUUCGGGAUCGGAUUCCUUCUAUGCUUGGUGUUGUUAAGCGCCGGAGAGAGCGUCGCGAGAAGACGGGCGAGUCGGAGGAUGAGGAUGACGGUACGCCUGUGCCUGUGCCUGGAAAGCGAGCUCGCAAGAGCCGGGCUGCGGUGAAGACGGAGUCCGAGGAUGAGAUGGAGGAAGAGCUCCGUGAUCUUGAUGAGAUGCAAAUGAAGAGCCAGCGCUCCGGGCAGAAGAAGAGAAAAUUUCUCGUGAAGCAAGAGGAAGAUGACGACGACGACGAAGAAGACGACGAAGAAGACGGGCUGGAGCCUGCUACUAAGAAAACCAGACGUACCGCCGUGGUAGAGACCGACGUCGAGGCGCCCCGCACGCUGCGUAGUCGCAAGAGCCGCGUCAGCUACUGCGCUGCUGCUGCGAUGGCAGACCUGGACGACGACGAGGAGGAGGAAGAGGAGGAGGUGAAGGCAGAAAACUUUAGUGAGAUGGGAGCGGAGGAGGAUCGCGAAGCUGCUGCUGCUUCGAAGUUCUUGAAAGCUUUCGAAGAGGGUCAUGAUUCGGAUGAGUCGGAAUUUGAGGGGAGUGAUGAUGAUGAUGAGGGAGAGGAUGAUGAUGAUGAUUGA